ACCCAACAACUCCCCCCCUCCAUCUGAAACCUGCUUGCAAGAAGCUCCGUCUCUGUGCGGGCGGGGGGAAGAGGAGGCGGGCGAUAAUUGAAGCGGGCGGGAAGCGCAGGUGGGAGAACCUUCCUGGGACCGUCCCGGCGUCGCCAGGUGCUAUGGCGGCGCUGAAGUACGCGGGGCUGGACGACACCGACAGCGACGAGGAGCUUCCCCCCGGUUGGGAGGAGAGGACCACGAAGGAUGGUUGGGUCUACUACGCCAAUCACCUGGAAGAAAGAACUCAGUGGGAUCAUCCCAAAUCUGGGAAACGGAAACGAGUUGCAGGAGAUUUGCCGUAUGGAUGGGAGCAAGAAACAGAUGAAAAUGGACAAGUCUACUUUGUUGACCACAUAAAUAAAAGGACAACAUACCUUGACCCAAGACUAGCAUUUACAGUAGAAGAUAAUCCAAUGAAACCCAAUGCCAAGCAGAAGUAUGAUGGAAACACCACUGCAAUGGAAAUCCUUCAGGGUCGUGAUAUGAGUGGAAAAGUGGUCAUAGUCACUGGAGCAAAUUCAGGAAUAGGCUUUGAAACAGCCAAGUCGUUUGCGCUACAUGGUGCACAUGUCAUCCUUGCCUGCCGAAAUACGUUAAGAGCUAAUGACGCUGUCCAACGCAUCAUGGAAGAAUGGGGCUGUUUGGAGGUCAGACAUACUGUUCACUCUGCUCUGAGUUCCUUGAAGGAAAGGUACGAUAAAAUAGAAUAAAGCAUUUCCAUGUAGAGUGGUCUCUGAUGGAAUCCCAGUUUAUCUGUCACAGAACCCUUCUACAGUGCAUAGAGUUGCUUGGGGUACUGCAGCUUUCAUGGGUGGGGGUAGCUAAGCUGAUUGGACUUUGGCUCAUUGCAACCUUACAGUGUACUACAGAACACACCUGACACUCCUCUGGUCCUGAGCUUUGCAAAGAUUCCUAAUAACAGUGGGCAAACGCUCUGUCAAGGAAGCUAGAUCAUUGCAUAUUCUCAUCAAGGAGCCAUUGACAAGUUUCUUGGAAACCCUCAGUUCAUAGGAAUGCACUUUGAAAACCACUUGGCUAAACUAAGCCUGAAGUGAUCUUUUUUAAUUAUAAUGAACUUCUUCAUUCAAUUGCUGCUUCUCUGGAAAGUUUAUUUUCCCACAUUGUCUUUUCAGUGUCUUUGCUCUUAAAUUAUUAUUAAUCCAAUGUUUCAAAAGCAAUUCAAUGAACAUCUUCAUAAUGAACGGUUUCAGAAUUUGAUGUUGUAGAAAAUUUGAUGACAGGAAUAUUAAGCAUCUGGUCUAUUCACAAAGCAUAGCUUUAUUCUUGCCUUAUCUUGUUAAGCCUCAAGGUAUCUAACAUAAUUGGCAUUACCAUCUUGCUGCUUAGGCACAGAGUGGCAAAAGAUCCUAAGUCACUGCUGCCCCCCCUUUCCCAAGAUUCCCUCUCUUCUGUACUGUCUCUUAUAGUUUCCCCACUAGUGGUAAUGGCCUUUUUCCAUAGCCAUUCAUUGUGUCUCUUCUUAAAGGACCAAACCACAUGUUACACAAAGUUCCAUUAUCAUUUCCUCCUUUGUUUUAUUGUUAGCCAAAGCAAGUUUAGUUAGGCUGCUUCUGAGUCUCAGAUCCAUAAAUAGGGAUUCUGCCCACUAUCCAGGAGCAGAAGUUGAGCAACAUCUGGAGGCACUGCAUUGGCUACCCCUGCCCUGGAGUGGCACUAGUUAGGGGCAGUGCAGUAAAUUAAAUGUUGGGUGGCUGACACAUCAAGCCAUUGAGUGCAGAAGCUCAGGUUCACCUCACUGAUGGGCCUAAUUAGGGGACUGGGGGCCAGCAGGUGCCUGUGUAGUUUCAAAUGCCUUUGGAUCAUGCUUUUAGCUUUUGAAAGCAAUGUUUUUAAAGCUGUGACAUAAAAGUUUAAGAUAUAAAUGGGAGAAGGCUCUCUUCAGAUUCCAAGUACUGUAGGGGCAUAUACAAGGGGGAAUUUAUAUAACAUACAAUAUUUGGGUGGUGGGAAAAUAGUGUGCUAAGGGUCUUAUUCUAUCCAGAUGCCGUUUCAGUGUUGGAAAAAAGCUGUUGUGGCACCUUUGUCAACUCUUGUUUUUAUUCUUCAGUCUUUGUAAACAUUAUUGUAAGUAAUUAUUGUAAUAAGUAAAGAAGAAGAAGAAGAGUUUGGAUUUGAUAUCCCGCUUUAUCACUACCCGAAGGAGUCUCAAAGUGGCUCACAAUCUCCUUUCCCUUCCUCCCCCACAGCAAACACUCUGUGAGGUGAGUGGGGCUGAGAGACUUCAGAGAAAUGUGGCUAGCCCAAGGUCACCCAGCAGCUGCAUGUGGAGGAGCGGGGACGCGAACCCGGUUCACCAGAUUACAAGUCUACCGCUCUUAACCACUACACCACACUGGCUCACAUUCUGAGUUGGGUUCAUGCAUGUACAAGUGGGGGCAAGGGGCAAACAUUGUGAGACCUCAUAUUCAACACUUUUUGGAGGACCUGGGGUGUGGCAACCAAAAAAUACUAGAGUUUUUUUAACUAGGGGCUCAUGAAUUGACAUUUGGAAAACUGUUUCUAUUUAUAGUUCUGGUUUAUGGGCAUAGGGAAGCAGAGUAUACUGACCCUAGCUAAAUACUUUCAUUUGUUUAUUUAGAGCAACAGUAAACUAUUUUGAUACAGCUAAAGUGAAUAGAUCAGUAAAAUGGCAGCACAAAGGCAAACAAGAAACAAAGUUGGCUUAUUACAGUGUCUGGAAAAGAGAACAAAAUGUUUCACAAAUGGAAUAGGUGUCAACAAAUGUGUCACUUUUUUAAAAUAUGCAAUCUAUUUAGAAAGCAAUCAAGACAAUAAAAAAGCAUGUAGUCAUUCAAGAAUGGUCCAUUCCCAGAAUGCAUUCCCGUAUUAUUAUUUAAACCACUGAAUAGUGUUAACUUGUUAAUGUCACUUAGCAAAUGCAACGCGUCUGAAAAUACAUUUUGCUCAUAUUGAAGCUGUUUGUCAGGGCAAAAAGAUAUUUGGGACAUGUCAUAUACCACAAAGAAAUGCAUUUCAUUUUCUUUACAGCACAGUCACUUGGAUACUUUUUGGCCAUGGAGGUGGUUGGGGAGGGAGAAGCGAAGGGUGGGGGAAGUGAAGAGAGUGGAAAUUGAAAUUGGUAGGGUAUAAUGUUACUUUGCUAUGAGCCAUGUUACCUGAAUGCGGCAUUUUGUAGUGUCAGCAGCUUUUAGCAGCUUUAACUUUACCAAUGCCCUUGAUGAGGUGCAGAGUUGUCAGUAUUCUCGUAAAAUUUCCUCAGCGAUGGCUUCUUCUGUUCUCUUUAUUUCCUUAAGUGAACAUCUGUCUAAUUGUUCACCUCCAUUGCUUUAGUGCUUUCCUCAUGCUUUCUCUGUUUCCAGACAAUAAACUUUAUUUUCUUCAUAAGAAUUCAGUCUACGCAAGGGUAUUAGGCAGCUUGUUUGCACCUUUUAAUUUCUGGAAUUGUUCCAGGAAGACUUUUUGCAGUAGCUCCAAUGGGUUCAUCACUGAAUCAUACAACAUAGUGUGACACUGUGUUCAGGGUUUUUUUUAUCAGUUACCUUCUGUUUAUAAACAUCUGUCUGGAAAAUGUUUCAGGUUUCUUUAGCUCCCCCAACCCUUCUCCCUUUCUCAAAUUUUAUCUGAUGUAUAGGACUGUAGAUAUGCAGGAGCUAUACUUUUUGUGAGGUGAAAGGUAGAUAUAGUUAGUGUGAAAUAUACAGUGGGAAAUUUGUUUUUUUUUUUAAAAAAAUACUUGUUUGUCUGAGCUGAUAUUGGCUGGUGGCUAAGAGACUGCGGAAGUCCCCCAUUAGAAUUCUGCCUCUGCCAUGAAUAUUCUAGGUGGCCCCAGGUAGCAUGGCCAUUAAUCACAGCUGAUGGAAGUUAUAGUCCAACAGCUUCUGGGGAAGCACCAUUUUAGUUUUCCAUGCCUGAUAUGGUUGUUGUAGGGAUAUAUUUUCUUUUUUA